CUUUUAUAGAAAACAAAUUUACAAAAGAUAUUUUUGACAUUCAAUGUUAUGAACUUUGCUAUAACAAAGAUUAUUUAAAAGAAGAAUUGCAAAGGCUAAAAACAGAAUUAUUAAUAAAAUCUUUUGUUUUAAUCUUCUCUGAUUAA